AUGUCGGAGGAAACCUUUGGAUACCUUUGUGCAAAGGUAAGUCCAGCAAUGAAGAAGCAAAGCACCAACUUCAGAGCUAGUUUGCCAGUGAAGAAAAGAGUUGCCAUUGCACUGUGGAAGCUGGCUACCAACAGUGAAUACCGAAGUAUAGGCCACCUUUUCGGUGUGAGCAAAUCAACAGUGUGCCGGUGUGUGCAGGACUUCUGUAAGGCUGUCUGCACUUUGCUAGCUCCUGAGAUUGUUCAUUUUCCAGACAGUGAAAAGCUAAAAGACAUGGCUAACUACUUUGAGGACAGGUGGGGCCUUCCACAGUGUGUUGGCGCUAUUGAUGGUUCACACAUACCAAUAAUAGCACCACAAGUAUACCACACUGACUAUUUUAACCGCAAAGGCUGGCAUUCCAUCAUCCUCCAGGGAGUAGUGGAUGGAAAAGGACUAUUCUGGAGUGUGAAUGUGGGAAAACCUGGAAGUUUGCAUGAUGCUCGAGUUCUAAGAUUGUCAACAUUUUGGGACUGGGUGGGCCAGGGAGGCCUGUACUCUGGUCACACUAGGAACAUUUCAGGGGUGAAUGUUGGCUAUUAUGUGCUCGGGGAUUCUGCAUACCCUUUACAAAAUUGGCUCCUGAAACCAUUUGCUGACAAUGGCCGCCUGACACCAGAACAGCAAAUCUACAACAGGAAAACAUCCAGGGCAAGGGUGGUUGUGGAGAAUGCAUUUGGAAGACUAAAGGGUAGAUGGCGGUGUCUUAUGAAAAGGAAUGACAGUGACAUUGAACUUGCAAAAGCCAUGGUGCUUACUUGCUGUGCUCUUCACAAUAUUUGUGAAAGACAUGGAGAAGACUUCUACCAGGACUGGAAUACGAAUGCAGAAGAGCCAGUACGGGUAGUAGCACAGGAUAUGGAGGAAGAGUGCAAUGAGGUACGUCAGGCUCUGAUGCGACACCUUAACACUUAA